AUGGCCGCUCAAGAAUACAUUACCAAGGCUAAAGAGUUAAUUGAUUCCAACAAAUAUUUCCAGUUCUCUGCUAAUUGGUGUAAAGACUGUGUCUAUACAUUAUCUGUAUGGGAUAAAUAUAACAUUAGGAGUAAAUUCAAAAUCUUUGACAUUGGUGAUUUAUCCAAAGAGGAACAAACGGAAUGGAGAAAUGCCUUUGAAGAAGUUACUGGUAUUAGAAAUUUGCCUACCAUAAUCGUUGAUGGAGAAGUUUGGGGGACAGAGACUAAAUUGCAUGAAUUGGAAGACAUGAAUCAAUUAGAAUUUGAAUUGAAGAGAUUAGGUUUGGUACAACAUUCUUAA